AUGAGCCCUUACGUACCGCUUAUCUUGAACGUCCUGCUUGGUGCUCUGGUUCUGGGACAUCCCGGUGGCCCGGACCAUCACAAGAAGUGUGCCCUAAACACCACCGUCACGGUUGAAGAUUGCUGCAAGAUCCCAAAGCUGGCCACCGAAGAGUUGUUCGAAAAGUGCAAGAAGGAGGGACAUCGCAAAUUUCCAGAGGCAAAAAGCCACCAUAUGCCGUGUGUGGCCAAUUGCAUCCUGACCGCGAUGGGUGGGUUCGCGAACGACAAGCUAGACAAGGCCGGUUUCAAGAAGGCCGUCCAGCCGCUACUGAAGGACAAUGCCGCCUUUGUACCCGUUUUGGAUGCUGCCAUCGAUACCUGUUACAGUAACUUAUCGUUUCCUUCCGACACACCGAUGCUCGGGGGUGCCUACACCAACCUACCGUGUAGUACCGUGCCAAAGAUGUUCAUCAGCUGCGUUUACACUGAGGUCUUCAAGAACUGCCCAGCGACGGUUAAGAGCCAGCAGAAGGAGUGUGCCGCGGUGAAUGCCAAGCUGAACGAGGGCUGCCCAUACUUUGCCCUCCGCAAACACGGUCACAAAGGCAAGAAGGACGACUAA